ACUGCACACCUGAUUUCUCUGGGGGCGGAAGGGGUGGCCAAGAGCAAAGUUAAUCAUAACAAUAAUUUUACACAUUGUGCGGGCGCAGUGUAUGCGAAAACUAAUAACCCGAAUGUGCAAGACUUUAUGAAAAGAAAGCUACGCGGACAGCCCUACAUAUUGCGCAUUGCACGACCACAGCAGGAGCAGCAGCAGCAGCAGCACGAGAACAGCGUAGCAAAAGUUUGCUGUCGUUGCGGCAGGAGAGUUGGCGUUGGCGAUGGCCACGGCACCGCGCUCACUGGACACCAUCUCACUGUGCUCGACCGUCUCCAGCUGCCCGGAUCGCAAUGGCUUCUACGGCGGCUUCCAGCGCACAGAUAAACCCAAAGAGCCCCUGUCCAAGGCCCAGAUUAUAGCCCGCGAGAAGAAAUGGCUAUACAUGAUCGAAAAUUGGUCCAUCUACAUGUCGAAGAACUACAAAAAGAUUCGUGAUCGAUGUCGCAAGGGCAUACCCAAGUCGGUGCGGCCCAAGGCCUGGUUCUAUUUAUCCGGAGCAUAUCUGCUCAAAAAAAAGAAUCCAAAUGUCUAUGAAGAGCUGCUGGAGAAGCCCGGCAAUCCGGCGACCAUAGAGGAGAUCAAGAAGGACAAACACCGUCAGUUUCCGUUCCACGAAAUGUUCCUCGACGAACAGAAAGUCGGCCAAAUAGAGCUCUUCAACGUGCUGAAGGCUUACUCCAUAUACAACCCCAAGGUGGGAUUCUGUCAAGCGCAGGCACCGAUAGCUGCUUUCCUAUUGAUGCACCUGCCAGCAGAGGACGCCUUUUGGGUGUUUGUGAGCGUGUGUGAUGUUUACCUGCAGGACUAUUUCAUACCUGGCCUGGAGGUGAUACAGAACGACGCGGGCAUACUGGAGGGCCUGCUGAAGAAGACCUGCCCGCCAGUGUAUCGCCAUCUGCAGAAGCACAAAGUAGAGCCGCUGCUGUACAUGACCGACUGGUUCCUCUGCGGCAUGACUCGCACCCUGCCCUGGGAGACGCUGCUGCGCGUGUGGGACUGCUUCCUGGCCGAGGGCAUUCGGGUAAUCUUCAAGGUGGCCCUGGUCAUAAUCGGCGCCUCGCUCAGUCGGCACAAAGUGCGCAAGACCUGCACUGGCCUCUGCGAGACCCUGGCAGUGAUGCGCUCCCCCCCGGAACACAUCCUGGAGGAGGAGUUCAUCAUUAACAACAUGAUGCGGCUCAAUCUGCGCGUGGAGGACUUUCAAAUAGAGCAUACGCGCCAGAAGGCGCGCCGGGCCAAGCAGAAGGCCCAACAGGAUGGGAAUCCGAACGAUUCGGGGCCCAGCAACAGUAACGGUCGGCGCAACAUGCCCACAUUGUGAGGGAUUUGGAUCACGAGCACGAUCAGGAGCACGAGGCCAAGCAAGCACAUAGACUGCUGCAGCAAAUGGGCGGCAACCAAUUGUUACUAAAAACACACAUCGCAUAUUUGCAUGGAUUUUUUACAUUUAAUGUCGAAUAGGAUGAGCGUCGUGCACAAAGUGGAUGUGGAGUGAAGGAGAGGUGGCAGGAGGCAGGAGAGUGACCAGGAUGUCGGUCAAUUACGGAGAUAAUAUUCCAUUCCAAUCAGUUUGUUUAAUUUUAAGUCAAUUCUGUUGAUUCGUAUCUGUAUUCGAAAUCGUAUUAUCGUUAUCAUUUAGUUGCAAUUAUUACGAGCGUGCAAUUGUUUAUGCUUUUCAAAAGUAUUUAUUAUAAUUAUUAUUUAUUAUUAUUAGCCUAGUUUGAGUACCCCGUACAUAUCGUAUUAUAAUCAUCCCCCACGAGACACGGCCACCGUUUCCCAGGCAGCUCCAACGAGUAUGGUCUGGUCCACAUAUUGUAUGAGCCGCACAGUUCUACUACUACGAUUUUUCACUAAUUUGACCCGUAUGCAGCUCUGCCUGCAGCCUGCUGCGGCUUGUGGCGGGUUUAGACAAAAUUGAAAUGAAAGUUUAUGACUAAUAUAUAUAUAUAAACCCUAA